CGUCCCCUUGCUCCCUCCCUCUUCCUCCUUCUCCGACUACUUCCUGUCCUCCGUCGGUCGCAGACUUGCAAUGACCCAAUGUCUGUCUCAAAAAAUACUGGGUAAAUGUUGAUCCGCAGCCUCCUAUUGAGGACGAGCAAAAAGCUUCGUCAGUCAGUUUAGAAGAACCUUGCAGCUCCUGGCCUCCUUCGCCCCAUUUCCUUCGUCCAACUUCCUCGUCUUGCCGUUGCGACCCUCACCAGAACAGGCCACCCAUCAGAGCGACCGAGCAGAGCGAAGGCAGAAGAAACACCCAGCAGCGUGUGGGACAAGACUUGUCUUCACCGAGCAGCUCUCGCGAAGUACAAGAGCGACAUGAAGGUUAUCCCCGGCUGUCUCAGGCGGACGCAACUGGCGCAAACGCGAAAGAAUCGAUCCUCGAUGCCCAAAAGGGAGUUCGCCUUGAAGUACGAAGUCGGCAGAAUUCUCCGGUAUGUCAACAAAUCUCCAGUGUCUCCUGAGAUUUGCAGAAACACUUGAGAGAUUUUGAAAGGUUCUUUUAUGAGGGUUCAAAGUAAGACAUUUGAAGAAGGCAAAGAAUUGCGAGGUGCACUUUCGAGGACGUGAAAAUCUUUGUUCCUGUACAACAGACCAGUGGUGCCAAACAACAAUGGGAGCAGUCGUGCAAUAAAACAUUUACUCUGAAAUUUAUUUUAAUAAAUUUCACUUCUCUCGUAGUUCAGAAAACUUUCAUGACUAUUGCUUAAGAUACAGUUAACUCUAUUUAUCUAAACAUUAAUGACCUGAAAAAAUAGUAAAUUUAAUGUACUAUUCUCAAUUUUUAUUUGCAAGAAAGUUUCAAGGAAAUUUAAAUUCCAACAAUGUAUGAGUUUGAUUGUUUUAAAUGAGACUACAAAAAGUGCAAAACAAAUAAUUAUUUCUAAUAUUCUUGCUUCAAAACUUUUAACCAAUGUAAAUGGCAUAUUCGGUAUUCUAAUUUGCUUGAAAAAAUAUCCAGUAUAUAGUAAGAAGCCAGAAUAAGGAAAACAUUGUUUUUAAAAUUUCAUAUCUCUAGUAAAGAUGAAGACUAUUUUACUUGUAACUUUAUUUAUUAAUAUAUACAAGUUGAAUAAUCGCAGUUAAAAAGUGCAUUAUUAAAUUCAGAACAAUAUUUAGACAAAAUAAUAAAAAUAUUGAUGAAAUGUGUGAAAUAGAAAUGUUAACGGUUACAACCACAAAUAAACAUAAUUUAACACUUAUAAUGAAUGUAAUACUUGUAACGUUAAUAAUAAAAUGUCUAAUGUAAUAAAAAAUUAAAAUAAACAUGAAUUUAUCGGACUAUUUCUAUUCCUUGUUCUUUGAUUUGAAUUGUCAACUACAGUAAAUGGAAAAGCAUUCUCAAUUAUAAAAAAAUAAUG